UCUUUUAUAAUAACCUUAAAUUUUUACGUUACCGCAGAAAGUUAUCUAUUUGCGCACUUAACUCCUUUUCCCACCUGGUUAAAAUGUCACUUUUUCUGGCCUUUUUUCCUUUAUUAUGCCCGCUAAACGAUUCUUUUUUCGCAUUUGCACCCGCAGCGAUCAAAGAUAACCCAGUUGCUCUUUGGGCUAAGAUCAAUCAGAUUCCUGUGUGUUUCCACGCGCAAGGGCGACGGCCUGGAAUGUUUCAUUACCUGGGUGAAGGCAAAUUAGUUGGUGCAAUUAAACUUGUCUUUGUACGAGGCUCUGUACGGUGCGCUAAUGAUCCUAAAUUCAGCAGUCGAUGGGGUUGUUACCGUCAUCCCGAUAACGUCAGGCAUCCUCUGAACGUUGUAGUCACGGAUGCAGACAACCAUGUUAUCUACCCCGCCGAGAAAUACAUCAUGAACACAGGCCUGUGGUAUUACUUGCCUUUCACAGACGCUAAGAGCUCUAAUCAACUGGUGUACACCGACUAUGCCAAUCCCUUUUACCUCGAAAAGUACGCAACGAUUAAGAUUUGGUAUGGAGAAGAUUUAAUGAAAUAUGAUAAUCAUGACAAUAGAGGCAGAGUUUGUGUGCAUGUGUGGGCGCACCUCAUGUAAAGAAAAAAAAAACUUGAAUAAAUCAUUUUUACGACUCUCUUGACUGUGACUCUUGGCAACAAUGUACUAAUUAAUAGUAAGUAAGAAUAUAGCCAAUCAGAUUAAAGGAUUUGCUGUAAACCACAAUGAUGUCUGCACAAAAUACACUUAUUAGUUUCAAUAAUUACAUUACUGUCUUAAUUUACUUAUUUAUGCUUAGCAUAAGUUUAGCUAGUGACUGCUUUAAUUAUUAAAUGUAAUAAGCCUGUUAAAAUAUCAGGAUUCUCUAAAUUAAAGCACUUGUUAAAAUGGAACCAAAGAUAGUCCAGAUAAUUUUCUUCACUGCUUACAACCAAUAUCCUUUAUUUAAGGACGCUGCCAUAAAAAAGAGAAAA